ACCCGUACUGUUCCUAAUUACACUUCAUCAGUGAAAACCAAGUUAACCUUGCUUAUCUUCGAGAGGGUCGAUCCAUAAGCGCACAUCUCUGACGUGUCAUUUUUUUUCUUGUAAUUACUAUUAAUUUUUAAAAAAUCUUUACAUGCAUAAUUCCCUAAUUAACGUUCCUUUUGAGAACAUUUCACUCAUAUUGAGACGCCACAAUUCCUAAUUCGCGAUUCUAAAGGAUACGCACUAUUCACUGCGUGAUGUGGACAAGUGUAAAGUGAAACGUAAAAAUGACUUUUUAUGGUAUACCUAUAUAUUCUUUUAAUAUUUCCUCAGUCAAUACAUUUUUUCUAAACCAAUACCUCAUCAUUGUUCUCUUUACUUGAAUAAUGCUGAUCAUGAAGUCUGAAAAAUGAACCCAAGGAUACAAUCGAUGUUAUGAAUUUGUCAUAUUUUCUAAACUAUCUAAUUUCCUUGAUAUGAAUUCUAUUUUUGGAAAUCCUUAUAUCGUGGAAGGGAAAGGGAAAUUCAAUUAAAAAAAUAACGACCCAGUGAUGGAAUGUCAAACCACGUGCUCAUCUUACAUGGAAUGAAAAUAGAAAAUGAAACGGUGAAGAGCAAUUAACUAAAUUCAAUGAAAUAAGUCGUAAUAGUUAACAUCUUUGCCUUUUCAUUAGUUUAAAUGUAUCAUGUGUUAAUGUGCAUGCGAUGGCAUGUUCUACAAACAUUAUAACUAUAAUGUUAACAACAGUGUGUUACACCGAUGGAGGAUGCCAUGUUGAUAAAUGGCCAUAUUCAUGUGAAGCCAACUUUCGAAUAGGACCAGAAAAAUGUGAACCAUGUGAGCCUGGCAGAUAUGGUUGUAAUUGUUCUCAAAUCUGUACCCCUGGUACCUUUGGUUUGAACUGCUACUUUACGUGUAACUGCUCUGAUGAAGUCUGUGAUCCCAAAGUAGGGUGUACCUCCAUCAACGAAACCUCAGUAUUUACAACAGCCAGGCCUUAUAUUACAGAAAAAUCGUCAGUACAUUACGCCGUCCAGUCAGAGAUUCAUUAUACCAGACUUCCUCUAGUAAUCUCAACGCCAGACAACAAAUUACUGCCACUGAAUGAAAUAACAUUAUCUCUGCUGAUUUCAUCAGCAGCAGUAGUUUUCUUCAGUGUUUUGUGUGCUUUUAUUCUAAUAAGAUUAAGUAAAAGGAUUUACAAACGUGAAUACAGAAAGCUUUUAAACAACUUACAGUUGACUGGUAUGAGGAGUGAGGAUGAAAAUAUAUAUAGUGAGUGCAAUUAUACAGAUUCCAGUAUGUUAAACACGAGAAUUUGCCCUUCUACCGAUUUAGAUGAUUCGUAUGACCAUUCUGUUAAAGAAAACUAUAACAUUCUUUCAUUAAGAAGUAGGACAUCGAGAGUGAAUCAGUAUGACGUAGAAAGUAAUUCUACGUCGCCAUCAUUGCAUUCAAUUACGUCUCAGCAAUUUUUGGAUGAAAGUGAGGCUGACUUUGUGUUGGAACCAGAAUGUUUGAUAAAUUUAUUUCAAGAGAAUCAACGUCAACAGACGGAUACCAGUCAUGAGGAUGAACAAAUUCAUUGAUGCUUGACUUGAAUGAGACAAAUUUCAAACAAACAGCUGGUGAUUUGAAAAGUAAAAUGAACGCUGAAAAACAUCAGCAGGUGAUGGAACAACAUGUAGACAAGCAGGAAGUCAGAUACGAAGCUCAAUCUUGAUCGGAUCUAAAAUACCAAUUAAAACUAAAUAUAAGCUUAUAUAAUAAUAAAAAAUAUGCAUGAAAUAAAAAAACAACAACAGUGCAUUACAGUUUUUUAAAGUGCUCUUAAUAAAUAUCGGUCAUUUUAUCGAAAAUUGUGAAAUUGAUUUUUUAUUUGGCCACACUAUUCUUAAUUGAAGGCCAAUGAACAAAAUUAAUAUAAUUUCGUUGCAUACGAAACACCACAAACGUGAAAUCCUUUGAUCUGAUAAAUUUAUCUUAGUCUACACUUUUUUCUUUUAUUAACGUUAAAGUUAUAGUGAACCACACAUGAACAUGUACCUCAUCAUUGGUUGAUGUGAAUAUGUAUCACAGAAUUG